CAAUGAAAACAGCCAUCACACCUGAGGUCUAUCCCAAUUUGCCGCGCUCCAUUGAGGUGCCCAUGCUCAAGGAGUCAAACGAGCUGCGACAGCAGACAACAGCGCAGCCACAAUACAGCCACAGACAGGCGAGCUCCACCUCCAGCACCUCCAGCACCACCAGCAGCUCCAGUAGCACCUCCAACAGCGUCAACUACGUCAGCUCCUUGCCCAAAGCGACGUCGCUACCCACUCGCAGGGGCCGCUACUGAGAUAUCUGGUUGGUGCGUAAUUACAGGCUCUCAGUUUUUGUGACUACUUAUAUUGUAUUAUUAUGCUUUAAAAGGUGAUUUUCAAUUUUUACUUUUUUAUUUAUUUUUAUUUUAUUUUUGUCA